AUGGAACUACGAAAACGAUCAUUGACUAGACAAAUUGAUAUAGAUAAUAGUAAAUAUAAGUCAAAAAAACAAAAAAAAAAUUUUUCGAAAAUAAAAAGUCAAAUAGAAGAUCUAUCAGGUGAAAUUUGGUUUGAAUUAUUUGCUUAUUUUGAUGGUCAAUCUUUAAUAAAUUCAUUUUCAAAAUUAAAUUCUUCUAUUGAAUCAUUAUUAAAUGAUUAUCGUCUUCCAAUUCAUUUAAAUAUUUUAUGUUCAAAUAUUCUUAUUCCAUAUCCAUUAAAUUCAAAUCAAAUUAUUUCUCUUAAAAUAGAUUAUUUGCAUAUUAAUAAUAAUCAGAUAAUUGAUAUUAGUUCAUUUGUUCGUCUUCGUUCACUUAGUUUUAUUUCUAUAAAUGAUCAACAAUUAGAAAGGAUAAGUAAAUAUUCAUUGAAUAAUCUUUGUCAAAUAUCAAUUGAAUCAACAUGUGCAAAAUUUAUUAUAAAAAUAAUUUCGAUUUAUUUUCCUAAUAUUAAUCGAAUGAUACUUAAUUCAAUGCAAAAAGAAUUCCUUAUUAAAACUUUUCCUCAUCAUCGAAUCAAAAUAAGUCAAAUUGAAAAAUUAACACUUAAUGGAAGAAUUAAAUUAGCUAAACUUGCUCGUUUUUGGUCUUUUGUUCCUAAUCUUCGCUCAUUUUCUAUUAUAAAUGGUGGAGUUCAUCAAUGUGAUUAUUGGAUGGAUGAAUAUAUAAUAUCUCAUCAGAAAUUUCCUUCUAAUUUAUCAUUCAUUCAUAUAAAUAUUUGUGAUGAGGAUAUGAGUUUUUCAAAUCUAGAACGAUUAAUUUCAAAAAAUGUUCGUUAUCUAAUAAUUAGUGGUUCAAUGGCUGAUGAUGAUUUAGAUGAUUAUUUAUCAUCAACAAAUUGGAUUCGAUUAAUGUCAC